AAACUGUUCAAUUACGAGCGUCCGGUGAACGAGUUGGACAUGCGGCUAGAGUUGCCCUGGGCGGAAUUGCGCAGUAGUAACACAGCCACCCUGUCCGAACUGUUUGCUGGCUUCAUCCAGUACUACAAUAGUUUCGAAUUCAACCAAUGGGCCAUCUCCAUUAAACACGGCGCUCCAAUGCCUAUCAACGUGGCCAUCCGGUGUCUGCCCCCGCACGAGCAGGCACACACUACCACCUCUUUCAAAAUCUUUGUCGAAGCGAACCUUAUCUCCCCUCCUAGUCAGAUGUGCAUUCCGUAA